AUGAACCCCGACCAACAGCAGCGGUGGAUGUGCAACGUCGAAACGCCACGACGCCACGCCAACUUGGUAUCCGCCAGCCACAGUUCUCAACUUCAUGCCCGUCAUCUUGACCUCUCACCUUUGGCUUCGCAUCGGCAGAGAAACAGCACAGCACCUCUGCGUGCCGGCGCAAGCACCAUGUCGCACCUCGCCAACCCGCUGGCGACAAGAUCGCAGCUCUACCUCCGGUCCGAGCUCUCGCCGCUUCCGCAGGACGUGGAGGAGUCCGUCUUCAUCGCGACCCAAUGCCUCACGCAAGCAGCCGGCCAGCUGCUUCGCUACUCGCAGGCCGUGACGGCGCAAGCCAACGUCAUCCUCGCGCGGUACUGGCUCGUCGCCUCGCCGAUGGAGCACGAGUUCAGCCAGGAUCUCUCGGCCGCGGCCAUCUAUCUCAUCGGAAAGUUGGGCCCGAAGCCGCGAGCGCCCCGCGAUGUCGCCAACGUCUACGCCUACCUUCUCUCCGACGCGCCGGACUCGGCCCUGUUCCGGACGGACCAGUCGGCCAAGGCCGUCGACGCGGAAUCCUGCUACUGCGCCGAGGCCGACUACUUUGACUUCUCCAAGAGGCUGAUGGCGCUCGAGCACCGCAUCUGCGUCGCCCUGUCCUUUGACACGCACGUCUCGCUGCCGCACCCCAUCGCCAUCACCUACCUCCAGACCUUCCACUUCUUCUCGAGACCAAAGUCGGAGGCGUCGCUGCGCACGAUGCAGUACCUCAACACGGCCCUGCUCUCGCCCCAGAUGCUGUACCUGACCCACCAGCCGCACGCGCUCGCCGUGGCGGCCAUCUACAACGCCGCGCGCGAUCUCGGCGCCAAGCUGCCCGAGUGCGCCUGGUGGGAGGUCUUCGACGUCGACCGGGAAGAAUUGGGCUUCCUCGUCGUCGCCAUGAGGAGCCUCGAGGGAUUGCUGCGGAAACGCAAGGAAGAGUUUCCGGAAUUCCGGCAACGCAUGCUCACCCGCGACAUGGUGGAGAAGAAACUCGAGCAGGACGGCCGGCCGCUGCCGAGGAAGGAGGGCGCCAUGGCGGACGAGGAAGCUGCCAUUAUGAGACGGAUGGAUCAGCGGUAG